CUAGCUAGCUAGCGGGGACGACCAGGCAGCCCGCUUGGGGGAAGGGAGGCGGCGGCUCAGUGGGCCUCCGGGGUGUAUGUGUCAGUGCCUGUGAGUGUGAGCGUGUGUGUUUGUGUGUGAGUGUGUGUGUGUGUGUGUGUGUGUGUGUGUGUGUGUGUGCGCGCGUCUGGAGGAGGGCCAGGGUGAUUUCCCAUAAACCACAUGCCCCGCCGGCCCGCCCGCUUAAAAGGCUGUGCUGAGGGCUGGCCAGCGAAGCUCAGCCAGAGGAAAGUGAAAGUUUGCCUCGGUGCUCUCCGUGUCGCUGCGGCUUUCUGCAUCCCGGGACAGCGGCGUGGCCCUCGGCCGGGGCGCAAGCUCUCCAACCAGCAGCGAGCGAAGGAGCGAGCGAACUAGAGCGGCCAACACGCCGGGCCGGGACCCAGCUGCCCGUAUGACCGCGCGGGGCGCCGCGGGGCGCUGCCCUUCAUCGCCAUGGCUGGGCCCCCAGCUGCUGCUGGUCUGUCUCCUGGUGAGCAGAAGCAUUGCAAAGGAGGUGUCGGAACACUGUAGCCACAUGAUUGGGAAUGGACACCUGCAGGUCCUGCAGCAGCUGAUCGACAGUCAAAUGGAAACCUCAUGCCAGAUUGCCUUUGAAUUUGUAGACCAGAAACAGCUGGAUGAUCCAGUUUGCUUCCUUAAGAAGGCAUUUUUCCUGGUGAAAGACAUAAUUGAUGACAAAAUGCGCUUUAAAGACAACACCCCCAAUGCCAACGCCACCGAGCGGCUCCAGGAACUCUCUCUGAGACUGAAGAGUUGCUUCACUGAUGAUUACGAAGAGCAGAACAAGGCCUGUGUGCAAACUUUCCAUGAGACUCCCCUCAAGCUGCUGGAGAAAAUCAAGAAUUUCUUUAAUGAAACCAAACGCCUCCUUGAAAAGGACUGGAAUACUUUUAGCAAGAAUUGCAACAACAGCUUUGCUAAGUGCUCCAGCCAAGAUGUGGUGACCAAGCCUGAUUGCAACUGCCUGUACCCUAAAGCCACCCCUAGCAGUGAUCUGGCCUCUACCUCCCCUCACCAGCCCCCUGCCCCCUCCAUGGCCCCUCUGGCUGGCUUGGCUUGGGAUGAUUCUCAGAGGACAGAGGGCAACUCCCUCUUGCCCAGUGAGCAGCCCCUUCACACAGAAGACCCAGGCAGUGCCAAGCAGCGACCACCGAGAAGCACCUGCCAGAGCCUCGAGUCACCAGAGACCCCAAACCAUGAGGACAGACUCACUGAGGGUUCAGAGCCUUCUCCUUCUGCAGAGGUCCCUAUCCCUGAUGUGGAAGAUAUCCUUGAAUCUUCACCAGGCACAACCUGGGUCCUAGAAGAAGCUUCUGGAGAGGCUAAUGAGGGUUUUUUAACCCAGGAAGCAAAGCUGUCCUCCUCCAAGCCUGCAGGGGACAGCAUCCAGGUAGAGACUGACAGAUCCAGUGACUUCUCAGCAUCUUCUUCAUUCCAUAAAUCAACAGAAGACCAACAGUCAGCAGAAACAGGCACCCCAUUGCCAGAGGUGAACGCUAUGAGACCCACUGACCAGAUACAGAAUCAUACUCCUGAGAAGACAGAUGGUUCAUCUACGCUGUCUGGAGACCACCAGGAGCCAGACUCUCCCCACAUUUCGACACUGGGUCCCCAAGGCCUCAGCAACCUAGCCACCCCCUUUGCUCAGUCACUGCUUCUGAGAAGUCACUCUUGGGGCAUUGUGCUGCCCCUUGGGGAGUCUGAGGGCAAAAGAAAUACCAGGGAUCGAAGGAGCCCCACAGAGCUGGAAGGAGGACCAGCAAGCGAGGGGGCAGUUAGGGCUAUGGCCCAUUUUAACUCCAUUCCUUUGACUGACACAGGCAAUAAUGAUCAACGCCCUUUGACUGACACAGGCAAUAAUGAGCAACGUGGGGGGUCCUCUGGCCCCAGGAUCCCCGAGUUUUACUUUCACCUGCUGGGCAUCAUCCUGGUCUUGCUGGCUGUUGGGGGCCUCCUGUUCUACAGGUGGAAGCGGAGGAGUCAUCGAGAGCCUCAGACAUUGGAUUCUUCUGUGGGGCGGCCAGAGGGCAGCCCCCUGACCCAGGAUGAGGACAGACAGGUGGAACUGCCAGUAUAGAAAGGAGUCUAAGCUGGGCACACAGGACUAUCUCUUUAUGGAUGGAGACACUAUGGGAAUGUUCACCACCACCCUCUCCUGCCAUCUUCCUGGGGACGUGGCCUGCCACUACCAGAGCUCCUGCCUCCCAAGACUGGAUGAGAGCAGCCUCGAUGGGGUCUUUCCAUCUUUGCCCUUAGACUCUCGAUUAACUGAGAGAGGGCUGGAGGAUGCCCCCACACUGUUGCUAUUUAUUGUGGGCCCUGGAGGCUCCCUGCACUCGAGGAAGGCCAGCGAGCUAGCUCAGGACCCUUUCUCUCAGGAGCUGUACCCUCCUCCCAUAGCCAGAACCUGGCAAGGGACCCACCUGCCGGUAUGGCCCAUGGGAGACCAGGGUGUACAAGAAGGAGCAGAAGAGCCUGUGCCCAGAAGACCCAACUGGUGCCAAGGAAUCCAACAUGGACAGGCAGGGACCUGUUUCCCAAGAGGAAAGCCUGAGAUUCAAAGGGCGGGACAGCAUCUGCUCGAUUUCCCGUAAAGGGAUAAAGGCAGGCAGCCCAAAAGACGGGAAGAGGAGGCCUUUGGCUGCUUGUGCUGACAGCUUAAAGGGGUCUACACCCUCAACUUGCCCAAGUGUCCUCAGCUGAUAGCCAGGAAAGAAGGGAGACCAGCCCAGCCUCAGGACCUGUCUGACCUGGCUCAUGAUGCCAAGAGGAAGAUCAAGCUCUAGCCUCGAUUCCUCCUGUCCGCAGCCCCUGCCAGAGUUUUUUUUUUUUUUUUUUGCCCAGCAGAGGCACCCCUCAUGAAGGAAGCCAUUGCACUGUGAAUACUGAACCUGCCUGCUGAACAGCCUGCCCCAUCCAUCCCCAUAAGCGACCAUCCGUCCGAAUGUUCUUCCACCCCCUUCAGCCUCUCCUCAGCUUCCUGAACUGAGCUGGCCUCGACUGUCAACUGAGGGAGUCCCUAAGCCCCUACCUUCCCCUGUGUUGGCCUUUGAUUGCCCAGGGCUGGUCUCUAGGCUGUGUUCCUUGCCCAGGUUUCUGCAUCUUGCACUUUGACAUUCCCAGGAGGGAAGUGACUAGUGGAAGGGAGAAAGGAAAGGGAGACAGAGGCUGAAAGGCCACAGGCAGAGCUGUAAAUGAAAAUGGGUCUUGAAAAUGUGUGUGCCCCCUAAGGUUGAAGUUGAUGUCUAUACUCUAACCUGUCAGCCAGCCUCCUUCCCCUGUUGCCUCCAGCCUGGAGCUGAGCACCCAGUCAUGAGCUCCUGGGACUGAGCUACAGGCUCCAGCCCCACCCUCUUCUGGCCUUUUUUCUCCAGACCUGACCCAGGUAGGCAGUGACACUCUCCCUGUCUCACCUACCCCACCCUGCCAUCUCUAGCCAAGCUAGGCAGGUCUAGAGAGGGAUCAAGAAAUGGGUUGUCUACUUCUAACUCUAUUCUGUUUCCCUCUGUUCCCCGGGCCAGGCCUUGUCUGUGGCUCUGAGACCUGGGCAUGGGUGACAGGGCUUUCACCUGCCCCUUGGUCUCUUGAUGCUGCUGUGCCCCCAUUUCCUGCCCCCCCACUACUGGGUCCGUAAUCUUUUAGGCAAGAGGGGAGGGUGGUCUGUAGGCCCCACCACCCCAUCCUGAGACCGCAGAGGAAGGACACUGAAGAUUUUCUUGUGGGGCUUACUUAGCCUUCUAGUUACAGACUAUUUUCAUGCUAGAAAAUACAUAUUUUAAAAUAGAAGGAAAAACACCAAAAACAAACAAACAAAAAAAAAGGCAUUCUCCUACACCUCCACCUUAAACAUAUAUGAUUAAAAACAGAAGAGUAAAUCCAACCCAAUGCAAGAAGCUCUUUGUGGGCGCCUGGUUACAUCAGAGCAAGAGAAACCCCAAAUCCACCUUUGGAACCUCCACUGUAUAGGAUCCCUUCUCUCUUCUGAGAAAGCCUGGAGGGAACAUUGACUCACAAACUGUGAGACUGCAUUUUUUUAUACUUGGAAGUGAAUUAUUUUAUAUAAGGUCAUUUAAAUAUCUAUUUAAAAAAUAGGAAGCUGCUUUUAUAUUUAAUAAUAAAAGAAGUGCACAAGC